GUUGUAACUGCGCACCACAAAAAUACAUCAGUUUUAGAGUACUAAACUACUACUACUCCUCCUACUUAGUGCUUGAUGAUGAUGGCUACAACUCAGUCGUUGUUUUGGUGUUGGUUUGUCCUUUUUUCACUUUGUGUUUCUAUUUUCAGGGGAUCUUCUUUUACCAUUGCUAAUGAAGACCGAAAGGAGUAUAUAGUGUAUAUGGGAUCCCUUCCUUCCAAUCCGAAUUAUUCACCCAAGUCGCACCACUUGAUGAUGCUUCGACAGGUGGUCAGCUCCAGCUAUACGGGACAAUCACUGAUCAGAAGCUACACAAGGAGUUUUAAUGGAUUUGCUGCUCAUCUCACAGAUAAUGAAGCAACAAAAUUAUCCCGUGACGAGAGCGUGGUGACAGUCUUUCCAAGUGAAACUUUGCAACUUCACACCACCGAGUCAUGGGAUUUCAUGGGGUUCCCGCAAAAUGUAGAGCGCAACCUAACUGGGGAAGGGGACGUCAUCCUCGGGGUGUUGGACACCGGGAUUUGGCCAGAGUCCCCCAGUUUUGAUGAUCAUGGCUUUGGGCCUGUCCCUGAGAAAUGGAAGGGUGAAUGUCAAGGUGGCCCUGAUUUCAAAUGUAACAAGAAGAUCAUUGGAGCCCGGUUCUACGAUAAUGGAGAUGCAAAGCCAUCUUGUAGAGAUACGAUAGGUCAUGGAUCACACACUGCCUCCAUAGCAGCUGGAAGACCCGUAAACAAUGCAAGCUUUUACGGGAUCGCGGGAGGCUUAGCCAGGGGAGGGGCACCUUCAGCCAGAAUCGCGGUGUACCAAGUGUGCUCUAGUCUAGGAUGUACUGAGGCUGGGAUAUUGGGUGCAUUUGACGAUGCUGCUGCCGACGGGGUGGAUAUCCUAUCUGUGUCUCUGGGAAGACCGUAUCCUGUAAGCAUUUCGAAAGAUGCAGUUGCGAUUGGAGCUUUUCACGCGACGGAAAAAGGUAUACUAGUGGUUCAGUCUGCUGGAAAUAGUGGCCCUGCAGCUCGCAUUACCGCCAGUAUCGCCCCUUGGUUGUUUAGUGUGGCUGCCAGUACCAGCGGUCGCAAGAUUAUGACCAAAGUUGUACUCGGCAAUUCCAAAGUUCUCGAGGGUUAUGCCGUCAAUUCGUUUAAGUUGAAAGGUUCUCAAUUUCCAGUUGUAUAUGCUGCUGAGACCACAUCUCACUGUGUUCCUGAUUUAGCCAAGUUAUGCGGGAGUGAUUGUUUAGAUAAGGAGAAGAUAAAGGGGAAGAUUCUAAUGUGUAUAUCACCAGAUAAUCUGGUUGAAGCUUAUGUAGCUGGAGUCAUUGGAGUUGUUGCUAUGAAAUCUCCAACUGCGCCUAAUAUUUCUAGCAUUGUUCCCUUUGCUGUUUCCUUCCUCCCUUCUCACCAGUUCCAUUUGGCGGCCAAUUAUUACAACUCUUUCAAGAAACCUACAAUGACUAUAUUGACCAGUAAUGCUGAAAAAAAUGGGGAUGCUCCUACAGUGGCUGAAUUUUCUUCACGAGGGCCUAAUGCCAUAAUUCCAGACAUUUUGAAGCCAGAUAUAAUUGCAUCUGGAGCAGAAAUUUUAGCAGCAUUUUCGCCAAAAAGUCCUCCUUCAGAUUUCAGUUUCGACAAAAGAUCUGUAUCCUACAAUAUAUUAUCUGGAACCUCUAUGUCUUGCCCUCAUGUCACUGGUGCAGCUGCUUACGUCAAAUCAUUGCAUCCUGAUUGGUCUGCUUCUGCAAUUAAAUCUGCUUUGAUGACCACCGCUACUGUGGGACUCAUGAAUACUUCCAAAUCAAAGCAUGGAGAUAAUGAGUUUGGUUAUGGUGCUGGGCAUCUUGAUCCAGUCAAGGCUGCAAAUCCAGGGAUUGUGUAUCAAACAACCCACCAAGACUACAUCAACUUGUUGUGCAGCAUGAACAUCACUUCAUCCAUAGCAACCAAGAUGUCUGGACUUGACAUUGAUUGUGAUGAUAAGAAAGUCCAACCAUUGAAUGCAAAAGAUUUGAAUUACCCCUCUAUGGCUGCUCAGGUCGAAGAAUUACCUAACUUACAUAAUAAUGGUGUAGAAUUCAAGGUUCAGUUCACUAGAAAGGUCACAAAUGUGGGUUUACCAAACUCGACGUAUAAGGCCAAAACUGCAUGCUAUCAUUCUCCAUGCAAAGUUACCGUCGUGCCUGACCAACUCUCCUUCAAGGCACUAAAUGAAGAGAAGUCAUUUGUGGUUACAGUUGUUGGGAAAAAAUUGAAAGACAUGAUAUCCGCUUCUCUAGAAUGGGACGAUAAAACUCAUAUUGCUAGAAGUCCAAUAGUUAUAUAUACUUAAACGAGGAUGUUGUAAUAUUAGACAUUAAUUAUUUAUCCAUAGCCAUUAUCUAUUACUAAUUUGUCAUAUGAAAUUUUGAGAUUAAUGGAAUUCAUGAUUGGUUUAAGAGA